GCUGACAGUGCACAAUCCCUCCCAUCCAUACACAUACGGACGAAGAAGCUUCUACUCUCCGCUGGGAUCACGAAAACUGCCAGUCAACAUCGACGUCGCUUAUCUUGACCAUGUCUGAUCAGUUGGUCAUUGAAGACUUUGCCGAAGUCCAGGCGGCUCUGUGGGCCGCCAGAUCAAAAUGGCACAACAUCGGCACCCGACUCAAACUAGAUGUUCAUGAGCUGGAAAACAUUGAUGCUGAGCCAAGGUUUGGUCUGGAUGACAAGUUCAACCUUAUGAUCAAGACCAGGUUGAAGAAGAUUGAGCCAUGCACCUGGAGAGAUCUCUAUGAUGCAUUAAAUCAUCCUACUGUUGCCAUGUCUGACGUGGCAAAUAAGCUUUCAGCAAAGCUAACAACUGCUGAAGUACCAAAUACAAGGGCUGGAGAUGCAGCAUUAUCCAUGAGCGGUACAUCACUGACUGUGGCCAAUACCUCAUUUGACAGUGGAGACACCAAAGUGUUUGACAAAGAAAAAGAAAUUGCAAGUGUGAAGAUUGAUCAGUUGCAGAAAGAGUACGUUGAUAUCUUGGUUUGUGCUGGCGAAGUGUUGAAUAAGAAUGUUGCAGUUAAGAAUUUGCGCUACUCACUUCUCUCUCUUCCACCCAACCUAAAGAAAGUGCAUGAAAAGUUCAUCACAGAAGCGAAAGCCCAAAUGAAAAAGGCUGAGUUAGCUGAAGAUAUAAUUGAGCUUAUUGCGGAACAUUUCAACUAUUUGCACUUCUCACUGCUAAAGUAUGUCAUUGAUAUCUAUGGUAAUGAUGAUCUGAAGAAAAAAAUGACAGAUUACGUGAAUCAAAUGAGAAAAUUCAGAGAAGAAACCAGACUAGAAGUUUUUUCGGAUGUUUGCGCUGAUGAGCCAGAAGAUAUCAACGGAAGGUUCACCACGAUGGUUAGCAAGCACCAAAUGGACUGGAGAACUGCUACACUGGAAGAUGUUGAGAAGUUUCGCAUUCAAGUCUGCCGGGAGCUGUCCUUGUAUGACUUCUCCCUCAACCUCGCUAAAGUGGCUCGAGGGUGUGUGGAGGUGACAUGGCGGGUUCCUCGUUCUCUGGUGACCUACAUCCAGAACUCUGUCAAGCCCAGCAGUCAGAGCAUGAUGGAGCAUCACGUCACCACUCUCGCCAUUGACGGAUUCAUCGUCUACGACUCCUCUUUCGCCAUGCAGUUGGAGUACAAGGUGAUUCGACUAGGGUUUCAAGCUAUUGAUACCAAUUACAGCUACCUGUUGGAGGAGAUGUCACCAGAUGAAGUAGUUCCACACCUGGUGCAGCGAAGGCUGCUGACACAGCCAAAAGGAGAAGAAGUUUGGGCAAAGAGCAGUCAACUAGAGAAAGUGCAUAUAAUAGUAAAGGCACUCCAAGACGCUAAGAAUACAGUUAUUGGGAUGUUCCCAACAUUCUGUAUGGCUUUGGCUAAUGCAGGACAGUUACAUGUUUCAGAGAGGCUCCGUAACAAGUUCCAGAGUCUCCUGAAAGGCGAGGCAGUCUCCCACCAACAAGAGGAAGAUGAAGUCAUGAUCUCUGGAGAGUCGAAUACCCAGCUCUCUCCUCCUCCAGAUAGCCACCUCGUCACUGCUCAAUUGGAGGGUUAUACCCUCACAAGAGCACAGUACAACACCGUACACAGCCUCACCAGCUCCCUACUGUGUAUCCCCACUGGUGAUCUGGUGUAUGAUGGCCACACCCUCAAUCCUCUCACUCUUCACUGGCACUACUAUAGUCCUUUUGAUAGCACAUUCUCUUUUCUCUCUCAUUGCACUGCAAUGGCACAGGAGGGUAUUAGAAAAUUAUCUGUCAGAGGAAAGGAGAUUAUCAGUCUUGAUUUAAAUGAGAUCGGUCUUCUCAAUGCUGCUUGGGAUGGGGAUAUGGAGUCAUUGGAUUACGCUCUGGGAGCUGGAGUGCCAGUUGAUUGUCGGACUAUUGUAAGACACUAGUGUAAAUCUGAGUUCUUUCUCUGACUCAGAAAUAAUAUGGCACUCAAUUCAACACUACUUUUUUGGUUGGCAGUCACUUGCUGUACACUCACUAUAGCUUGUGUAGGGAAGUCUGUCUAAGUAACAUACAAGAAAAAUGUGGCACAAAUUGUAAAAUUGUGGAUAUGGUACUUAUCAUGCAACAAUUCUAAGGCACAUUAUGGACAAUUGGA